UCGCAAACGGGCUCCGAGAGCUGCGGUUGAUCGACAAAGAAGAAUCCAACAUGGCGUCUGUGAACAGCGACGAGUGGAGAGCCGUCUGCCACAAAUUCACCAGCGCCCAGAACCUCACGCUUGUGGAAUCGCGAAACGACCCCGACAAUGAGCCGUUCCGCUCCAAAUACAAGGCCAGGGAGCUGCUCGCCGAGAUUUACUGCUCGCUCAAGAGCUUCGAGGUGGGCGAAGAGGAGAGCGGCGGCGGGCGGCCGCCGACGGAGCCCCCGGUGGACGGGCAGCGGGAGGACGGGUUCGGGGAGGGCGUCGGCGGGGACUCGCCCGCCGGGCUGCGGGCCGCCAGACUCGCGGCCGUCGAGUACUACCUGGGCGUCAACCACGUGGACACGGAGGAGCUGUCGGCCGGACAGGAGCACCUGAUGAACUGCGUGAAGCUGCUCGAGCGGUGCAGCGUGUCGUCGGAGAACGUGUCUCUGUUCAUCCACGUCAGGAACCAGCUGGGUAUCCUGUGGGCAGGCCGAGAUGAGACAGAGACCUCUCAGGGAUUCCUGGAAACCGCCGAAUCCAACUACCAACGCUACAUGAAGGAGGAUGGGAGUCCACCUACCGAUAUGACUGAGUACUUCACUACUGAGGAGAACCUGCUGACACAUCAGGAAAGGACCAAGAGGUUUGAGUUGGCGUACACUCACACCAUGUACUACCUCGCUCAAGUCUAUAAAAACCUUGGUGAAACUGAGCGUGCUGCCACAUACUGCCACAGCACCCUGCAGAGACAGUUACAGUUAAAUCAGUUCAGUCCAAUGGAGUGGGCUCUGAAUGCUGCUACACUAUCACAGUAUUACAUCACUAAGGGCCUGUACAUGGAAGGGAGACAUUGUCUCUCUGCAGCUACUGUCAUAUCCGGUUUAGCAGGGGAGGCUCCUUCUGAGGCUGCAGCACAAGAGAGUGAGGCGGAGAGUGAGCGCAGGGAGCAGCUCAGACAGAAGAGAGCUGAGAUUGCAAGAUGUUGGAUCAAAUAUUGUCUCAACCUCCUGCAGGACUCAAAGAAGCUGCUGGAGGACAGCAUUGGGGAGCUUGACACUGAUCGUCAAGAAGAGAUGAAGAUGGCGAGGAGACGUGAGGAAGAGGAGGAAGAGAAGGGAAGGAAGAGCGCUCUGCUCUUUGGCUCUGAGGACACUUUUGACUCCAUUGCAAGUCUGGAAGAGAAGGUUCGCUGUUCGUUGCCAUUAGACUUCACUGAGGCCAGAGCGGUUUUUCUGGUGGGACAGAAUUAUGUCACUCAGGCCAAGGAGUACUUUGAGAUGGACGGCCAUGUGACGGACCACGUAGAGAUCCUGCAGGAUCACAGCGCUCUGUUCCGCUCCCUUGCUUUCUAUGAAGAGGAUCUGGAGCGACGCUGCAAGAUGCACAAACGCAGAGUGGACAUGCUGGAGCCCAUCUGCAAUGACUUGAACGCCCAAUACUACCUAAUGAUCCGCAGACAGAUGAUGUUUGAGUUGGCUGAGAUCUACAAUGAAAUGAUGGACCUGAAACUGACGCUGGCCAACAGACAAGCUGAUUCAGAGACUCUCGAUAACCACACCAUUAAGAAAUUCAACCAUCUCUGCUCUGCCUCUGCCAAAUACUUCCAGAUGUUUCUAGACUCUCUGUGCUCUCCAGAGGGGAAGAUUCCAGAGCACCUGGAGGAGGAGGUCCUCAGACCGGCUCUGGUGGCUCGCUUCAGAGUGGCCCGACUCUACAGCCGCCUGAUCAGCUCUUCACCCUCUGCUCAGCUGGAAAACCUCGACAAAUCUCUGGAGCACUACCAAUACGUGGUGCAGUACUGUGAAGCCCACCCUGAGGCAGCAGCCACUGUGGAGACGGAGCUGGAGCUGAGCACAGAGAUGGUCGGUCUGCUCCCUCUCAAAAUCAACCGGCUCAAAGCAAAGAUGGCUGUCAACAGCUGAAGGAGGUUUCUGUUCACUGACUGACAGCUUUCUAAUAGUGUUAAAACCAUCCAAAUGAUCCUCAAAAUACUACCUUUAAAAUCCGUGUACACCCCCAACAAAUAUAGGAACUGGAUGGCUGAAUUUCUGGCAUAUUCAUGUCUGUGAACCUUUUGUUUAGUGCAAUUUAAUUUUCAUUCAUUCAUAUAGCGCAGAAAUUUUACUCAAUGUGUAUAAAAUCUUUCUCGUACUACUAAAAAAUAAUUGACACGUUUAUUGAACUAGGACUGUUUUUGCCUUCACGUUGAUGCUCUCUUCCUAACCAGUAUGGUGGGAAGAAAUCCCUAUCGCUAAAAUGUCUAAAAAGUAGCUGCUUUUAAUAAGACGGUCGCCUUAACAUCCCUGUGGUGGAUAUGUACAAAACUAUUGUUUUUAUUUAUUUAGUUUUAUUUUAUAUUACUGUUUUCUGUGUUCUCUAUUCUUAAUAACAUUGGUUUUCAUUUAAUGUAGCUUUUUUUCUGUAAAGCACUUCAGCACAUUAAAAUUCUGUUCAUCCAGCUACGUUAUGUAUUGUGUAACAAUGGAAAUAACGGUAGGCAGUCAGAGGUACAUAAAGUUGAGUUGACUCAACUCCGUUUGGACAACAGACAGGGAGUUGUUUCUGCAAGUUGCCUGAACCGUCUGUCAACAGUUGUCCCGGUGACAGACAUUAAGUGGACUUAACAAUGUUGGUUUAUGAAUAAUCUGCAUGACGCCAGCCUCAUCCAGUUGACCCCCUUUGUCUGCUUGUCUUUUAGGGACCUAAUGGAAAUAAACAAGUAAUACACACUUA